AACACGUUAUGUGUAUUAUCGAUUUUAUAGUGGCAGAAAUCGGUUGCUACUUAGUUACGAUCGCGCUGUUCAUUAAUAACAAUAACAGUCUGUUGUGUCUCAAUUGAUUCUGAUUUUAUUGUUAAUAAGUUUUAUGUCUAAUUUACGAAAGAAUGAAGCGACCAAGAGUAAAACGACCGAAAGAAGGGUUGGACAAUUGCGAGACAAAAGAAGUGCAUUAGCAAAUGAUAAUGGUGCGAAAGAAAGCAGACAGAAAAAAAUAUUAGAGGCUACAGAUCAAAAAUGCAAAACUGUCACAUCUUUCUUACCGUCUGAUAAACAUGAGAGCAGUCUAUCUAAACUGGAAGGAAUGUCUCGCAUUUCGUCAGAUUCUACUAUUAAAAAAAUCAGUAAGAAUAAAGUGAAUCAUUUGCGAUUGGGAAGAAGAGAAGAAGAGAGGGCCGGCUCCGUAACGAAAACAAAAUAUUUUCCAAGUCAAAAAGAUAUAAUACAUAGAGUUGUAAGGGAAGAAAAAAUGAAAAAGGGAAUUAACAACCAGUUGAGUAAAGCAAACAAUACGAAACCAGACGUUUAUUUAAAGAUAGACGGAAAAGAAAUGGAAAGGCCCAGAACAGCGACUCUAAAAGAAGCGACUGUCACACAAUUGACAAUAAAUUUACCACGCGAAGAAGUUAAGGCAUCAAAAGAAGAACAAGUUAAUUACGAAGACGAUUUCGAUUCUUACAUAUCAGAUUUUGAAGAUGAAGAUGAGGAAGAAGAAAAGACGGACAGUAAUACAAGUAAGUCGACAUCCUCGAUUUCGGAGAGCAUGAGAAACCUAAUUGAAAAUGGUAGUAAUAUGGCGGGAGAGGAUUGCAAUAAUGAUGCAAUCGAUGCUCUUCGUCGAACAAAUUAUAUUAGUAAAGAGCGCAAGUUGGACUCUGGAAGUUUUGAUUUGCAAGAAAAAAUUGUUAAAACGAACAACACGAUAGCUAUACAAGAAAUAUUGUCGCAUCUGCCACCGUCUAAUUCAUCAUUAUCAGACGAGGGAUAUGAUGAAGACAAAACCGUUUUGAAGAAGCUCCAUGGUUACCGUUUCGAAAAGUCCAGGUUUGAAGAGCAAAGGCGUCUUAUGUAUAAAAAGCACAGAGGGAAAGAAAUACAGGCAAUGAUAAAAUUUAACAAGUGUUACUUCACCACAUUCGAAAUGACGCCCGUUCCUUACGAGCAAUUCAUUCAAAUUCAUGGGCAAACUUUUGGGAUACAAUGCGCAAUUCAAACUGUUGCGACGAGUAAUGUAGACGAAAGCGUACAGACAGACGAGAUCGUUAAUAUAACAAAAUGGACACAUAUUCCUGUCGUUUUCUCAACAAAACAAUUUUCUGAACAACAAAGACCGAAUUGGGAACAUUAUAAACAAGAAUUUUUAGGCGUGGGAAACGAUUCGAAAGUCGAACAAAUACAAGCAGAAACUUCUUACUACCUUUCAGAUAAAUUUGUAAAUUCUAUAAAUAGUUCCGCCGUAAUAGUUCUUUCUCUGUUAAAUAAUGAGACUAAUAAACUUUUUUAUCGUCACCCUAAGAAAACUUACUCGAUUACAAACGAAAACGAGUUUUUCAGCGCAGGAAGUACAAAAAAGUGUGCCCAGGAUUUAGAUAUUUUACACAACACCUCCGUAAUCGAUCUUUACACGUCAAACAGCAACAACUUUCUCACAGUUCAUUUACCAAAUAAUAAAAAGUUUACUGAAUUGAGUUACAUUUGUAUUUGGAACGCUUCUUCAUUACAACAACCGCUUGCCCUGCUGAGAAUCUUGGGACGACCGACUUGCGCUAGUUUCGGACACGAACAUAUCAAUUAUGUUUUCGUCGGCUUCAGAGACGGGACUCUAUCGUUGUGGGACACGAAUAAUGGAAGUCCAAACGAGAAGUACCGUUGUAUUUCGUCGCCUUCAUUUAAAACAAAAAUAAACGAAAGUCAUAAAGCGACAGUUACGUCGGUUCUCUGUGUAUCGAAUAACGACUCAGAAAAGGACCAUCUCGAAGAAAAGGUGCAUUCUUUGGACGAAGAUGGACUGGUGGUCUUUUGGACGACAGUAACGAAAAAAUACCCAAAAUGGAACGUGUCUUUGGUUCAAAAUUCUCAACUGCGUUUAAAAACGGUUUGCUCGAACCCAUACUACGGCCUGGAGUUUAAGAGAUUAUAUUUUAAUCUUCUAGACCCGACCCACUUAUUCAUCUUAAGUAAUUCCGAUAGAAUAUUACAUUGCUGUUCGACUGGCAGUAAAAUCUACCCAAAAUAUUACAACACAGUUCUUUUUGCAGAUGAAUUAUCAGUCGUCACCUCAAUUGAUUGCUGUCCCUUUUCGAGUACAUAUUUCAUCGCGGGCUAUGAAAACGGUAAGGUGGCUCUUUUUUCUCGAAAUGUUCAGAAGUCGCUGAUAAUUUUAUCUAAUGGGGGUAACGGAAAAUGGGCGAGUAUUGAUACGGUACAGUGGUCCAGUGAAAAGCCUUGUAUUUUUUACGCCAAAGAUAAUAAAAACAUCUUGCACGUGUGGAAUUUGGCGCUUAGCGAUAUUUUUCCAAUUUAUUCGAUACCUUUCAAAGAAAAUGUCGUCUCAAUUAAAAUAACGACACCCCAGAAAAGGCAAAAAAUAUACAUGAUAAUUGCUUCAAGAGAUGGUCAGCUGUCUGUGCAUUUUUUGAAUAAUGAACAUAAAUCUUUAACAAACGAACAGUACGCUACAGACGUGAAGUAUUUUUUAAAUUACGUUAAAAGGUUGUAAUUUACAGGUAAGCCGUUAUCUUUUAAGGUUUUUAUAUUAAAAAAGGAAUAAAAAGGUUCACUAUUA